ACGACAACCUUGACAGAAGCUGUCGUAAGAUCAUAAAAGCGUCAAAAUUCAACCAAAAUUCUCCAAAUACCGAAUAAUGGGCGAUGAAACCAGCCAAGAAAAAGACGAAUCAGAGGAAGAAUCCAAGACCAUAAACGUAACUGUCAAGACGCAAAAAGACACCCAGAGCCUUGAAGUCGCCGAAGAUACCCUUAUCUCCACUUUUAAAGAAAUGAUCGCGCCUAAAUUCGACGCCAUUCCUGAGCACCUUCUUCUGAUCUUCGCUGGAAAGGUGAUGAAAGAUCAGAUGACCUUGAAACAGCACAACGUUCAGAACGGUUUCACUAUACAUCUGGUGAUCAAGGCAGUUCCCCCGCCAAAUGCGACGAACGAAUCUCAAGGCUUGCCAAGGGCUUCUAGUAGCUUCGCCAACAUUGACCAGAGUCCCCUCAUUGGUCUGGCCGGUAUCGGCGGGUCGAACAGCCCAUUUCUAGGUCCAAUCCUGUUGGAUGAGAAUACUGUAAGAGCAAUUUUGACACAAAUACCCCAGAUCCAAGCUCUGGUCGAAGCCAAUCCAGAAUUCAGCCAGAUCAUCAACAACCCAGAACUGAUCCGUCAGACUAUAAACAUGGCCACAAACCCAUCGCUGAUGCAAGAAGUAAUGCGACAGCAGGACAGAGCUCUGAGUAACAUCGAAAGCCUGCCUGGAGGUACACAGAUACUGGAACAGAUGUUCAGAAACGUGCAGGAGCCGAUGAUGGAUGCAGUCGACGAGAGUCUCCGUCCCAACCCUUACGCGUCCAACGACGGCAACGCGACGGGGGUCCAGCAGCAGGGCGCAGAGAACAGGGAUGCGCUUCCCAACCCCUGGACGUCAGAAAGAAACGCCGAAAACGCCCCCGUUUCGAAUACGACCGCGGCGAGGCCGUCGGCGCCCACCAACUUGACUAAUUUGAUUCAGCAAAUUAUGCUCAAUACCGAAUACGAUCAAAACAUCUUGCCAGGGAUGAACAAUAACGUCACCCCCGAAACGAACUACGCAGCACAGACAGACAGACUGAUGGAUUUGCUCUCUAGGAUGCGCGAGAGCAGCCAGCCGAACAGUGCCGCCUACGAGGAACGGUACAGGAGCGAACUGGACCAGCUCGCCUCGAUGGGUUUCGACAAUCGCGAGGCUAACCUGAGAGCCCUAAUUUUGAGUUUUGGCGACGUCACAGCUGCCGUCGACAAGCUGUUGAGCCAGAAUCUUGGCGGCUUGCAGUGAUGAUGAAUUAUGUCGGUUUUAUGAUUACGUUCAGAUGUUUUUAUGGUGAUUGUAUCGAAAAUAGAUUUUAUUCAGUUUUGA